UACCCCUUACUUUUGAUAAACUACCCCUUUUCCUCUCUCGUUUACGGAGAAGAGUGCAUGUCAGUCACUAGUACGACACUUGAGUGUGUACAUGCAGCUCGCUAUUAAAAAAAUAGGGGUGUCGAUGUCAUCCCUCUCUUUCUCUCUCGUAAUCCAUCUUCACGUAUAAACUCAAUAUAAUAAAAUCUUUCACGUCCGCUGCAGUCGGUGGGAAGGAAAAAUGGAAAAAAGAAAAGAAAAAGAGUCUUUUUGCUGUUAGAAGAGAAAAGAAGCUCCAAAACAAUCGAUCGUGCCUGGAAAAGCCGGAGAAUCUCCGGCCCAGUUCUCCGUCGGAAGAAGUACGGUCGUGUCGGAAUGUCAGAUACCGGUCUCAGAUCGUCACUCUAAAAGAUUUCGUUACUUUUGCUUGAAUAUAGCGGUUUUCUGUCAGUCGAUUCGGAAUGCGGCUUGCGUUUUACUGUAAUGAGGCUUUUGUUGUGUUCCGUCGCUGUUUUUUGGUGAAAUUGCAGCUUUUCUCGGGUUUGUAGCUUUGCGUCUGCGCCACAAAUGAAGAUUUUUUCUACACAUAUAUGAAGAAUGGUUUGCUUGUUAUGGUGAGAUGAACAAUCUUAAGAGCAAGAAGGUCCAUGAUUUUGAGAAGCCGUUUCCCGGAUGUAUGGGAAGAAUGGUUAACUUUUUCGACUUGGGCCCGGGAAUGGCUGGAAACAGGCUGCUUACGGACAGAGCACAUCGAGAUGGUGCUCCACUUCCAAGAGGUCAGGUGCAUGCUAAAAAGGUGGUCGAACCCAAUGGUGAUCACAUAGAGGAUAAACCAGUGCAAUUUUGGGGCAUGCAGGCAGCAUAUGAGUCAAAGAGUUCUUCAAACAAGAAAUCAAAUGGAACGCCCAUGAAGAUGCUUAUAGCCCAAGAAAUGUCGAAAGAAACAGAGUCUAAGCAUCAGCCACCUAGUGUUGUUGCUAGGUUGAUGGGGCUUGAUGGCUUGCCGGCUCAGCAACCAGCUUCAACUGCACAAAGAAGCAUGCCAGAAGGCUUUUUGCGAACUGCUUCUAUUAAGCCUGGGUUGGUGCGGAGAUAUCGGCAUCAAGAAAAUGUCCUCCUGGAUGAGCAAAUGCCCGAUUUCCAUCUGUCUCAGGCUAGUGCCCAGGAGCAGCCAGAAUAUAAAGACGUGGGUGAUGUCUGGCAGCAAUCAUAUGUCAAAGAUCAACCACAGCAGAAUGGGAGAUAUAAUGAGAACUCAAGUGAGAAAAAGAUGGCACUUGUUCGCCAAAAGUUCAUUGAAGCAAAACGUCUAUCAACAGAUGAAAAGCUUCGUCAGUCGAAGGAGUUCCAAGAUGCACUCGAGGUCCUGAGCUCAAACAGAGAUUUAUUUCUCAAGUUCCUUCAAGAACCGAAUUCCCUGUUCUCAAAGCAAGAACCGAAUUUCUCAAAGUAUCUCUACGAACUUCAGUCUAUUCCUCCAUCCCCUCCGACGAACCGUAUUACAGUACUGAAGCCAUCAAAGUCUGUGGAAAUGAAUGGGUGUGUUGGUUCGGAUACGAAGACUGAAAUGCAGAUAAAGAAACAACAACAGUUGGCUGAAGAAAAUCAAUGGGACAAGAACAAGCAUAGCUGGACUUCUUCCUUUGCUCAUCAGAAGGCUGAUAACUCCCAGCCAACGAGGAUUGUGGUUUUAAAGCCUAGCCCUGGAAAGACCCACGAUAUCAAGGCUGUUGCCUCUUCCCCGACCUCAUUACCAAGAAUGCUACACGAUAAAGAUUUGUAUAUAGAUGCAGGAACUGAUGAAUCGAGAGGAUCAAGAGAAAUAGCAAAGGAGAUCACGCGCCAGAUGCGAGAAAGCCUUAGUAGCCGGGGGGAUGAAGUUUUGGUUUCGUCUGUGUUAUCAAAUGGGUAUGUCGGCGAUGAAAGCUCAUUCAAUAGGUCGGAAAAUGAGUACUUACAAGAGGAAAAUCUCAGCGAUUCAGAGAUUAUGACACCAACGUCAAGACAUUCUUGGGACUACAUCAACAGAUACAGCAGUCCGUAUUCAUCAUCUUCCUUCAGUCGGGCAUCCUAUUCGCCAGAGUCAUCGGUCACUAGAGAAGCUAAGAAGCGGCUUUCAGAGCGGCUGGCAAUGAUGACAUCAACUGGGAAUAGUCAAGAGCAACGACAAGUCCGGAGAAGCUCUAGCACAUUAGGUGAGAUGCUCGCUCUUCCAGAUAAGAAGAAUGUAAGAUCUGGUAAAGAGGGCAAUGGAGGGCCCAGCACCUCCAGCAGCAGGUCAUAUGGUGGAGAAAAAGAACUGAGGGGUCCACUGGCCUGCUUGUCUGGUAGUGGGAACAGGGAGGAGGGUAUGGAAGAUUCUCCUAGAAAUCUAUCAAGGUCGAGGUCUGUCCCGGUAUCAUCUACAGCAUAUGGAAAGGUUGGGUUGAGUGAUGAAGUUCCUGAUCCCAAAAUCAGCAAGUCCAUUGUUCAAAAGGAGGUAGCAAAGCCAAAGAGUGGGAAGUCAUCAUUCAAGGGAAAGGUUUCGAGUUUAUUCUUCUCCAGGAAUAAGAAACCUAGUAAAGAGAAAUCUGUUCCAUUUCCUUCUGUCGGAGUUCAAGUCGAAUCGCAGUCUUCUGCUGCUGGAACACCAGAGAUUCUCCCUGAUGCAAAGCAGCUAUCUGUCGGUUCGAUAAGUGGGGAUAUUCCAGAAUGUGCUAGCGAUGGUGGCUUUGGAGAAGGGCAUGCACUCAAUCUGGUAGGAUCAUCAUCUUCAGCUUCCAUCUUGGUGGGACCGAAACUGAGCACUUGCUCUUCUGAGGCAGUUUUAUCUUUGGCGAAACCCCGUGCACCUGAAAAUGCAAGUGAGAACCAGGACCAGCCAAGUCCCAUUUCAAUUUUAGAAGCACCAUUUGAAGAUGAUUUCAACACUCCACAAUCCUCUGAAAAUGUCAAUGAAGACUACUGUUCAGAACCAUCUGCGCGUCUCCACCACAAAUCUGGAUUAGCUGCCAAAUCUCCUUUGAUAUCAGUCACACGUUCCCUUUCAUGGGAUGAUAAUGUCUCGGAAACUGCCACAACAACGUAUCCAUUGAAACCAUCGAGCACAACAAAACCAUCGGCAGUUGCCUCCAACACGGAGGAGGAAGAACGUGAAAGAUUUUUGUUCGUCCAGUCAUUACUCUCAGCAGCUGGUUUAGAUCAUAAGAAGCCCGACACAGUGUUUUCCAGAUGGCAUUCGGCAGCGAGCCCGUUGGACCCAUUGUUGCUGGAACAAUGCAUGGACUGGAAAGAAGAAGAUGAGGAGCAGCAGCCGAAUGAGGCAAGGCGCCGGAAACGGAGGUUGGACAGGUGGCUUCUAUUCGACUGUGUAAAUGCGGCCCUGGUGGAUAUGUUGGGCUCUGGAACAGAUGAGAACAGCCCCGGGUCAAUGGAUCUCUGCAGGAAGUCAGCCCCACCAGGGGGGACAGUGGCGGAGCAAGUGUGGGGAAGAGUGAGGGAGUGGGUUUUAGGGGAGACAAGGUGGUUUUCCGAGGAAAGUGAGACAAGCAUGGUGGUGGAGGAGAUGGUGAGGAAGGAGGUGGUGGAGAGAGGGUGGGGGGAGCUGAUGAGGGUAGAGGUAGAUGGGUUGGGAAGGGAGAUGGAGAGGAAAUUGAUUGAGGAGCUGUUAGAAGAGAUGCUGGUUGAAUUGACUUGUGCUUUGUAAUGACUUGUUUUUCUUUUCCUUUCUUCUUCUUGUUUUUUUCUUUUUUAAUAUUCCUUCCUCUUUUUCUAUUAUUAUUAAGAUGAGGAUGAUUUGUUUUAUGGGGUGGUUCACCAACGAAAAAAGAAGCAGGUGAGUCCGUAUGUGUUUGAUAAUGAAUUCUGUCAAUUAUUUGUGUCUGCA